AUGGCAGCACUCAGCGGUGGCGUGGACGAUAUUGAGGCAGGGCACACGCCGCUCAUCAAGCCGGCGGCGGCGGCCGGGGUGGACAGGCCGAUUCUGGCGGCGACGGCGAACCUGACGCAGCUGCUGCCGUCGGGGACGGUGAUGAUAUACCAGAUGCUGGCAUCAUCCUUCAGCAACGGGGGCAAGUGCUACAGCAGCAACUGGUACAUCACCAUGGUGCUGCUCGUGGUGCUCUCCCUCUCCUGCUUCUUCUUCGUCCUGACGGACUCCCUGGUCCACAACGGCAAGCUGUACUACGGGGUGGCCAUCUGCGGCCGCCUCAACGUGCUCAACCUGUCCAAGGGAGAGGAGGACGUGGAGUUCUUCGACAUCUUGCCGGAGCUGAGGAAGCGCCGCCUGAGGGGCCAGGACCUUGUUCAUGCCGUCCUCGUGGUGCUCGUGUUCUUGGCAAUGGCGUUGACCGACGUGGGGAUUCAGAACUGCUUCUUCCCCAACGCGGGGGAGGAGGCCCAGCAGCUGUUCAGGAACCUGCCUCUCGGAAUAACCGCCUUCGCCAGCGUGCUCUUCAGCGUCUUCCCCACCAGAAGAAAAUUCAUCGGCACCAGCCAUCACACUGCCUAA